AUGAGCAGUUACGUUUUGCGAAUCAAAGACGCACUUUUCAAGUCAUCUCUGCAGAAGUCUGCAGCGCCUGUAUUUCCAGACCCUAUCAAGCAUUUUCAAAUAAAACCACAUGAAAGAUGGGUAAUUUGGGGAUCGCAAAGAUCCAAGUUUAUGGAUGUUUUGGGAAAUAAGUUCCUCUCUCAACCCCCGCUAUCGCUGGAAUACGGCCUUAAACAUGAAGCUUUGCCGAGAAUAGAGUGCGUAAAGUUCACAGGUGUAAUGCCUACUGCUCAUAUAAGUGCCAGAUAUGAAUACUUCAAAGAUGAUUUCGAUCAGACGUGUGGAAAGUUCAUCAAAGACAACUCAAUCGGCUCUAUGGCUGUGAAGUAUGAAGUUAGUAAUACAAACAGAACUAUAGACCUCAAUUUAUAUGCUUAUCUGCUCAGGGAGCUUAAACUUCAAGAACUUGAAAAUCGAUGGGCCAUGGGUCUUAGUAACGGACAAAUGCGGAGGGCACGGCUAGCGCGUAGUCUGCUCAAAGAGCCUGAUCUGGCUUUGAUAGAUGAACCGUUCCUGGGACUUGACCCCACUGCCACCAACAUCAUCUCGAAUUUUUUGGCAAAUUACUCUAAAAGCCCAAUUGCAAUUGGGUUGAGAUACCAGGAUCCAAUUCCUGAAUGGUGCACGCACGUCUGCUGCGUGGAUGCGAAUGGUAUAGUUUUUCAAGGUGAGAAAGAAAGCGUGCAAGAUCAAAUCAUUUCAAAUCGAAAACAAUACGGGCUUGAAAAUGCGACGCACGAAUCGAAGUCCAAGUAUCAUGUGAAAGACCUUGUCUCGUUUCACCCAUUGGCUCAAAUUCCACGUCACGAAAUUGUGGAAUUAUCUAAAGGUUUGGAACUACGAGGACUUUCUGUUUCUUACAGAGGCGAGCCGAUCCUCAAAGAUCUGCACUGGAACGUGGCCCCAAACUCAAAAUGGCAUAUAAGAGGCGACAACGGUUCAGGGAAGUCUACAUUACUAUCGUUGUUAACCGCAGAUCAUCCGCAGUCUUGGAACUCACGCAUCGUAGAAAACGGUGUGCCUCGCAAGACUGGAUCCACGGACUAUUUCACCAUAAACAAGAAAAUUGGCAUGUCUUCCCCAGAACUGCACGCUAUCUUCAACAAGUCUAGAAGUGCUAACUUAAGCGUGCAAGAAGCGUUGGCUUCAGGAUUCAACGAUAACUCUUCUAAUAAUUUCUUGGCACGUUACGAGUCCUUGACCGACCAACAGCGUCAUAUUCUCGAAAUGUACGCAGACUAUUUUGACCUUUUUCCUCUUUUGAACAAAAAGUAUCGCGAGCUCUCGGUCAGCGACCAGAAGUUGGUUUUGUUUGUGCGCAGCAUGCUCAAGAUGCCCGAAAUUUUAAUUCUAGACGAAGCUUUCUCAGCUAUGGAAAAGAAUCCGAUGAACAAGUGCCAUGAGUUCCUGAAGCAAUGGCCAGGCAUCGUUCUGGUGGUGUCCCACGUUUUGGACGAGACACCCCGCUGCGAACAUUACAUACGGCUAAUCUCGCCGGGUCAAUAUGAGAUCGGAAAUGUCCCAAAGUGA